AUGCUUGCGGCCCGGCAGCCAUGUGCAUACUGGUGCCUCCAGAACGAGAUCGGACAGCAGCUGGACUUUCUUGCGCGCUGCCUUGUUCUCCGUGCCCUUCUGGAUGUUGGGGACGUGGUGCCCGAGGAGCUGCGGUCGCACCCUUGCCCCCUGCGGGCCCGUGGAAAGGAGCUUCGGGCACAAGCUGCCUGCGAAAGCGUGGUGUCGGGCAUGGGGUGUGCUUUCGUCUGCUUGGCAUCGGCAGCGACGAGUCGUGCGACGAAGGCCGUUGUUGUGGCCAACAAACAGGGCGCUUUUUACAACCUCGUGCUGUUGUCCACAUUGGGGACCCAGGCAGCUGCGGAGCUUCUGUUGGGGACGGGUGCGGCGACAGACUCGGACGACCUGCACGAGAAGAUCCUGGAGAUUAGACGGCGCCACCGGGGUAAUCCAGCGGCACUUGUGGAUGACACCGUGCAGGCCGGAGCAGUCUUGAAGCGAAGGCUGCUCGGUGUCAAUGUCAAGGCCGCGUGGCAGCGCCUCCUGGACACUGUACCCGCCAACCCGGCAAAGCCGGCAAUGAAGCGGGGGCCAGAAUGGCGUGCGAAAUCAGGCAUCAUGCAGGACCUCAAAAAGGCCCUGGAGAGUUUGGCCAAAAGCCAGCGGUUGCACAUCCGCAAGAAGAGCGGGGAGCGAUGGGAUCCCACCAAUUGGACUUAUGACGAGAAGCUCUUUGACGACAAGGGGCAGUUGGGAUUCGUCAUCAGGAGCCUGGCUCCUUCGUCGCUGGAUGGAUGCGCGCGGUUAAAGACCAAGACCUGCGUUGUCCUGUCUGUCCAUGCCGCCUUGGCGGAUUGGGACUUGGAGGGCUCGUUGGCUGCAUGGUUGAGCUGGAUUAAGAAAGGGGCUGUGCAGUUGAAGAAGCCAGAUUUGCACGAGCAGCGUAUGGAAGAGGUCCUGCGGAAGAUGAUGAUGGAACACUACCAGCGAGCUAUACGAUGCUUUGCGCACUUCAUGGCCGUCGUAGUUGUGUGUUUCUUCUACCGUGUCGUGCAGCAGCCGGAUUUUGUGACGUCGGUCCAGUUUCUCGUGGUGUUGAUGCAGUAUCUCUGCUCGUGGUGGGUGGCGAGAUCGCAACUCUCCUUCAGCGCGCUUCGACUGAUCACGCUGAUUUCACACGUCGGCCAUGCCUUCUUCAUCAUCAACACACACUUGGCAGAGGAAGCGGACUACAACUUUCUCUCAGUUUUCUCGGCGGCCAUCCGUCUCUGUAUUGCUGCGCUGAUUCACGACCCGCCAGUGCUGAUCCCAUGUCAGACUGCGGUUUGCAUGGUGGAAGUUGCAUGCUACUUCGGACUGGAGGGGACACGAGCCGGUCCUCCGUGGCACUUCCUCGUCGGUCAGGCUGUCAUUCUGGCCUUGGUAUUCGGAGUCGCAAUUAUGGUCCAGGAGUGGGCGCGUACUUGCAUCAAGGCUUCAUUCCAGUCGGCCGACGCGAAUCUAUCUUUGGAGGGCUUCCAGCGAGUCUUGCGAAGCGUUUGCGAUGCGGACGUCCUGCUGGAUGAGAACUUCCAGAUCGUUGGGGAUAACACUCGCUUGAGACGCGUCUUGGCGACACCCACGGAUCUUCAAGGCGUAAAGUUUACCGACCUCCUCGACCAGGAUGGAAAAACGCAGUUCGAGAAAUUCGUCCGGAAGUCAUGCAGUGCAAACCAAAAACCGAAAGCGAGGGAGGAACAGGAGAAAAGUUGCAGCAUUCCGCCGUGCCUGCGCGUCUCACUGCCAAGUGCGUACUCGCGGGUCGGUGUGGACAUUUUCCAUGUUCCCGUGCCACGAUUUUUGGAUGCUGCAGGACCCCAUCACUUGUUGGCAUUUACGGAAGAUCCGGAUACGAGGCUGCAGCCGGAUGCCACUUUGGGAGCGAUCCCCGAGUCCCUCUCCAUGUACUCCGAAGAGGACCUUGAUGGCAUGUCCACGGUCGCAGAGUCGGAGGCGGCGGGCCGCCUACUCAAAGCACAGUUUGAGCAGUUCGAUGCUGUGCAGGUUGGGGGCAAGCUGUACGCCUCGAAGAGGAAAGCCAUAAAGCCAGAAGCAUGGUCCGAAGCUUUAAGCUUCGCUGCGGCAGCCGAGACGAAGCUCAGCCAGCUACCGGCCAUCCCCGAUCGGAUUCCGCUCAAGUCGAACUUGAAGUCGAGAAGCACGGCGGGCAAGGAACCUUUGAGUUCUAUGGAGGCAUCGCGGCUCCUGGAUGCUCCGGCGUCUUCUACCAGUCGACCACCAGCCUCGCUGGAGGCCACAGCCAUGCAGGGCCAGGUGGAGGCAACGAUGCCACCAACGAUCCCUGACCUGGGUGGCAGACCUGGAGCUGGAAUAGCGGCGGCAGGCGAGGAGACGGCGGCUACAUAUGAGUUUUUUACCCCGCGGUCAAGAGGAGUGGGGAAUGUGGGUCAAAAUAAUUGGAUGGGCGUCAUGGAAGGACUACCACGAUGGGUGAGCCGGUUGGGUUCGUACCUGGCAGUGGGACAUGAUCAGCUGGCUCCCAGCCCGCUGACCGGCGAGACACCGCCGGGAGGACGACCUUUCGUUCUGAGGUCCCCGCAGAGGUUGCUUCUGGAAGACUCAGAGUCUCGAAAUCAGCAGCUACAGCGGGAGUUGGAUGAAGUGAGAAGAAGUCGGGAUGCGCUGCAGUCUGCAACUACAGCUCCGGUUUGUUGCGAUCAUUACUGGGAGGUCCUCGACAACGCACGCCGAAUGCAGCAACUUCAGCAACUACAGGCGCAGGCCCUUACAAAAACCUCGGCAUCUGGGCCAGCGGAAUCCCUGAAGGCCGGGACCACGAGUUUAGCACAAUUACCAGAUCACAAGGGAGGCGCCGAGGCAUCUCUUAGAUUCAGCGACUGGUUGGAAAUCACUACCACUGCGAUGACGGAUGUCAGCGAGAAGUCGGGCCAGUGGUGGGGAGCAGUCUUGAUGGUGGUCCGAGCCGCUUACAGCCGAUGGCUUGCAGCAUCUCAUUUGGAGAGGUUAGCAAUCACCCCGGAAGGCAUGGACGAGCUGUGUCAGGACCCGUGGAGCCGGAUGAAUGCGAGAGCCUGUACAAUGCUUCUGGGAUCAAUGCCACAGGAGAUCAAGGGUGACAUGGUGGCGCAGCAGUUGACUCAGAGGGCUCCCGCGAUGUUGUUUCGGCUGUUCAUUUGGUUCCAGCCGGGCGGAUCAGCGGAGAGACAAGAAGUGCUGAAGAGGCUGCAGUCUCCGCAGGAGUAUCUUGCAGGCGACAGCGUGGAGGCGGUUCUAGCAGAGGUCAGGAGUUGGCCGAGGUGGUUGAGUCGGUGCCGGACAAUGGGAAUGAGUCCACCGGACCCAUUGGUCAUGAGCAGGGGGCUACAGGCCCUAACCGCGAAGUCGAUCAACUCCUCGGCCGAUGCAUCGUUCCGAACAAGCAUGCUGAGGUCGACCUACAGGUUGGAUGGACAACCAACACUGGAACAAGUUCAGGGAUACCAAAGACACCUACAGGCGGAGUUGGAGGGGAUCGCUGGGUCCCAGCGAGCUACACCAUCCCAGAGUACGGGGGUGGCUUUGAAAGCAAUGGACGCGUCUUCGCCUACGGCAUCGCCAAAGGGACCAAAGGGCCGGGAGAAGAGCCAGGAGUUGUGCAGGUACUUCGCAAAGCCGAAUGGAUGUAAAAGAGGGGACAAGUGUGCCUACAGCCACUCAAUGAGUGGUAUGGAAAAGGAGGCGGCGCAGCAGGUGAUCCACGCGCAGGCCCCGGCUGAUGGCGAAAGCUCCCCUGAGAAGACCAAGGCGGAAGUUCGGGUCCUGAGCCUUUGUGAUGUUCGGGUGUCUGCAAUGGACAAGUCGACUACGGCUCUUCUCGACUCGGGUGCUACCCACUGCCUUCGGAAUGCGCACGACGAGGAGGAGUGGUUGCAAUCGGAGGAGGUCAUAGUUCAGCUCGCCGGCAACAACUCGCUGACAAUGAAGCUGGGAUCCGGAGGUUCUUUGUUAAUGCCACCCAGGAGCAGAACUUCAUCCACUACCACGACGGUGACUCAAGGACAAACGAUAGUCCCCUUAGGGGAACUGGUGAAAACCCUUGGCUACUCUUUGGACUGGUCUCAAAGGGGAUGCUUCCUUAUCGAUCCUGACGGAGUGCCGCGGUCACUUGGUGUUUGUGGAGGGUGUCCUCUGAUACAGGAAGCGGAAGCCUUGGCAAUGAUUUCACGGUUGGAGGACCGAAAAAGAGAGAUGCUGGAGAACGCCACGGCGAUCACGCAGGAUGUGGUGGAGGCGUCUGAGCUCAUGAUGGAGGAUUCGUGGAGGAGCCAUUUGAGGUCGUAUGUGAGCAAUGGGUCUAUGGAGGCAGGACUACGGGCGAUAAGGGAUUCGCCGAUGUUGUCAGAGUUACCCGGGGAAUGCGUGGGAGGUUUGGUACAGGAGAACCUGAUGAACGACGAGUGGAAGGUCUUCAAGGACAUCGAGUACCUCAGCAGACCCCAGAGGAGGAGAUUGUGGACCUCAAGACGGUGGAUAGUCCAUCUUUAUGCCGGUAGCCCGGGACACUUUCAGGUGUACCAGCUCGAUGAAGGCGAUACUGUGGUGGUGGAACUGGACGUCCAAAGGAACCGCGCCCAUGAUGUGAUGAGAGCUUCUACGUGGAAGUUGUUGUUGUGGGGCGCAAUGCAUGGGAGAAUAGAGGCCUUGAUAGGAGGGCCCCCAGGGCGGUCGAGCCUGGGACGCCAAGUCAAUGACGAAGUGGUGUGGGACAACAAGUCCCUGGCAGCGAUCACUCGGAUGUUGUGGUUGUAUGCAGUGGCAGAAGAGGGACGGGCCCUCAACGCCCGAGGGGCGGAUCGAGGAAGACCUGUCGCCUUCAUGUUGGAACAUCCGCCUGGAGUCCCAGGUGAUGUUUCGUUGGGAACAGCGCCGCGGAGAAGAGCGUUGUGGGAUACCUCGAUGUGGAAGUCAUUCCAGGAGGAGUACGAGAUGACAAAGGUCACCUUUGACCAACGGGCGAUGGGAUCAGAUGGGUCGUUGCCUACAACAUUGGGGACCAACGUCUACUACCUACAGGGGCUCCAGGGUGAAGGCUUGGAGUGUCCUGUGGAAGAAGGAGGAAGCGAUACGAGCGGGACUUGGUCGGAGGGUCUUACAAAGGCCGUGGUGAUGGCAAUGACGUUUUGGAGAAGACAUCCCGCUACUACCCCGCGAUUAUGUCCUAUGACGGCAGCACAGUGGAAAAGGCAUGUCGAUAGCAACCACCUCGACUACAAUCGGGAAUGCCUAACCUGUGUUUUGGCCCGAGGAACAGGGCGUCGGCACGCUCGAGUUCGUCAUCCGGAUAUGUUCACCCUCACGAUUGACAUCGCUGGGCCAGUGAAGCCGGGUUUGGACUGUACUUCGAAGGGCACUCAGGGUAAGGGGCUCCGCUACUUGAUGGUGGGCAAGUACACUCUGCCGAAGGAGUUCGUGAAGUCCUAUAGUGGCCGGAAACCACCUGAGGAUGAUGGUCUUCAAGAUCCCUUGGACGUUGAAGACACAAGCAAAGGGCCAGAAGUGGGUGAGCAAGGUCGUGAUAGCAAAGAAGAUGUGCCAGGUGAGCAAGGUCGUGAUAGCAAAGAAGAUGUGCCAGGUGAGCAAGGUCGUGAAGGUGAUGGUGAUCAAGUCGUGGAACAGCCUAGCCUUAUCGGAGCUACCGAGAAGCAGAAGGAGAUCCUGAAAGACUACGAGUGCUCGGAAUACGAGCCAUCACUUCCAGGCGAUGAUGAAGACGUUCCACAUGAGGAGGAUCAACCAGACCAUGGCGGGCACGAUCGUGAAGACUGCGAACCUCCUGAGAGUACGGUACUCAUGUUCGCCAAGGCCCUGAAGACCAACGCAGGUGCAGAAGUGAAAAGUGCGAUUCAGGACAUUGUUCUCUACCUCGAUGCUCACGGGCUUCCUACUUAUCGGUUUCAUGCCGAUCGUGGAGAAUGCUUCAGUCACAGCAUCCGUGGAUGGCUACGAGAUCGACACAUAAGGGCUUCGUGGUCGGAGGCAGGCGUGCCUCAAGGAAAUGGGCGCGCAGAGGCGGCAGUGCGAUGGGUCAAGGACCGGACGAGGACGCUGUUGUUGGGGAGUUCAUUGCCUACGACUUUGUGGCCCACGGCGGCGGAAACAGCGGUGGCACAGCAGAGGGCACGAGUAUUGGGAUGGAAGUCCAAACUUAUUGCCCCCUAUGGAGCGGCGGUCUUAGUGAAGGAGAAGGCCUUUGAUGCUCAAGGACCCCGUCGACGUGACAAGGCGUUCGAGACCAAGUGGAUCCGAGGACGUUAUGUUGGACUCAGCAAUCUACUUGAAGGAGGCCAUGUUGUACAUGUUCCGGAGUCGGAAGCAAAGAAGGGCCACUUCCUACAUACUUUCCAUGUGAGACCUCGACUAUAUGACCCAGGACCUCCCGAAGAAGAGUUGGAAGUGGUAGACCCACCUAAGCCCAGGAGGAGAGUUGUGGCCAAAACUCCAACUAGCAACGUCGAGAUGAAGGUCCUGGCCCUCAAUGAAAGUGAGCUGGGAGCAUAUGCUAAAACCAAGGCAAAGCUUAUCCUCGAGGACUGGGAAGCUGGCUUCUUUGAGGACAAGAAGUUCGGAGUCUAUAGGCAUGGUGGGAGUGUGGGAUGGAUGAAGGGCCUACCCGACCAUCCUGAACUGGGAACGCUGUUGUCCAGAAUCAUAUUGGAGUUCUCCCCGGAAGCGACCUUUACCUCUAUUAUGGUUUCGAAGGACUGUGAUCGGGGCUACCACAAGGACACGAACAAUGACAGCAGUACUAAGAACUAUAUAGUCCCAAUCAGGACCCCGGAGCGAGGUGGAGCGUUGUGGGUAGAGCUACGGCCUGGUGAUCUUCUGGUGGGCGAUAUUCUACAGCGGGCCGACCCGCAAGGGCGAGUUCACUAUGGACAGGUCCACGAGAUGAAAGAGGGAAGGACCGUGGAGCUAGAUCCAAGGCGAGCACACGAAGUUCUGCCAUGGGAGGGAACUCGCAUCAAUCUCAUAGCCUAUACCCCGGACAGCCUGGGGAAACUUUCCUAUGAAGAUGUGAAGGCCCUGGACUCCUACGGCUACCCAACACCGUUGUCACAGUUGCCAGAGUACUUUGUGAAGAUUCAAGAGUCAGGCCCCCGGUUGGACAGGGUAGAGGUCCAGGAGGAGCAGGUCACAAACACCGAUGAGGACGGCGGCUUGAGCGACGAUGAUUGGGAAAUGUUCGUCGAAGCGGAAAAGGGACGCGUCAAAGUGGGAAGCUCGUCAAAGGGGAGCCUGCGUCAGGACUUUCCCAGAGUGAACAAAACGGAGGUGACCUACACGAAGGACGUGGAGCAGAUCCUGACCAACCUCACGGAGCCCCUCCAGGUGACCUACACAGUGGAUCCACGUGAGGCACUAUUGCAUCUGGAUGAGUGGAAGGAAGCCAUCGCCAAGGAGGUCAAGGGGAUUGAAGUAGCAAUCCGGAGACUAAUGCCCGGGACACCAGAGAGGGCGCUGUGGCUUCAGAAGAAGGGUGUUCAACGUCUACCAACCAAGCUGGUCUAUACCAUCAAGCCGAACGAUGCAGCUGAUCCAGCCGACAAGAAAACAUGGUUCCGAAGGAAGGCUCGAUUAGUGGUUUGUGGAAACAUGGCGACGAGCUCAAUGUCCGACUACUACUGUGAAACGGCUCCUACGGAGGCUGUGCGGGCAGGAUUGGCUAUGUCACGCUCCCGAUGUUGGCAGGUGGCACUAAUUGAUGUGGUCGCUGCCUUUAUCCUCACCCCGAUCGGCGAGUCAGUGCGAGAUCCAAUUAUUGUGGUUUGCCCGCCAAAGGUGUUGGAGAGGCUAUCAUUGACUUUGCCUCAAGAGCUGUGGGGUUUGAUUAGGGCCCUAUACGGCUUAAGGGAGGCACCAAUGCUCUGGUCGGCCUACCGCGACAGGACGAUGGCUAGCAUGGUUACGCCGUCUGGGUGGCGCUUCAAGCAGGGCAGAACUGUAACAUGUUGGUGGGUGGUUACAGACGAGUCGGGGGAGAUGAAGGCGUUGAUCAUCAUAUACGUUGAUGACAUGUUAAUCAUUGGGCUGGAGGACGCGGUGAUGGAAGUGGCCAACUUGGUGCAGAGUGUAUGGGCCACAAGUCCGUUGACCUUUUUGCGGCGAGAUAAUCCACUCAGGUUCCUUGGUAUGGAGCUGUCUAUGACCGAUGAUGAGUCAAUGAUUCUGGUGGGACAGCAAGCCUACAUCGAGGAGUUGUGUCGCAACUACGGUAUCCAGAGGUCCGACAAGAUCCCUGUAAGCAAGGAGACCGCCAGCUUCAGCGUGAUAGACGGGGAUAUGGAAGCAGAUGAGGGUGGCGUUGCUCAGGCUCAGCGGGUCACAGGAGAGUUGUUGUGGAUAUCCCAGAAGACCCGGCCAGACCUGUCGUAUGGAUGCUCGUUACUGUCUUCGCUUACCCUUAAGGCCCCGUACCGAGCGGUGGAGGUGGGAACAAAGAUGAUCAGGUACCUAUAUGGAACCAAAACGUGGCGCAUGUCCUUCCGCGGGGGAGACAACAGCCUCACCAUGUUUCCCGACGCCGCCUUCGCGCCGGAGAGUGAAAGAAGCCAUACAGGAUGGUUGGUGGUAUGGGGAAAGAACCCCAUUGCAUGGCGAUCGUCGCGCCAGUCAACUAUAGCGCUGUCAACGGCGGAAGCGGAGCUGACAGCUAUCCUGGAAGGGGCCGUAGCUUUGUUGGGGAUAGAAACUCUUUUGGUGGACCUCUCGGAGGAGAUUGAGACGAAGAGGGUUGGAUCCGACAGUAUCUCUGCACUGACCAUCAGCGCAGGGAACGGCUCAUGGAGGACACGUCACCUUAGACUAAAGUCAGCAUGGCUGCAGGAGAUGAUCACCGCAGGCGCGAUCGAGGGGUUCCACGUUCCGGGGCUGGUCCAACCAGCUGACCUGUUAACCAAGGCAUUGGCGGGACAACGAAUACGAGAUCUACUACAACGAUGGAACAUGAUUGGCGAUGGAGUUCCGGUUCAUGGUCAUGGAGUCAAAAGCACAGCCGCAGUUUCGGAAAAAAUGUUGGUUGCCACUAUAUGCUGUUUGAUGGUGACAAUGGCAUCGGGGCAACCUGACCGAGAGCGACGCAUCUCCAUCGACUGGGACAUGGCGGGAAUAUUCAUGGUUCUCCUAAUGGUGUUGGGUGGACUGGUUAUAUGGGAGGGACUGAAAUGGAUUGUGGCAGAGCUCUCGCAAGAGUGGCUCCCAGGAGCUUCCAAGCGGAAGUUGAGGAAGCUUCGCAAAUUGAGGGAUGCUACGACACAGGCGAUCGAACGAGAGCUGGAGCGCAUACGCGCUGAGGCUGCUGUCGAACCUACGGUGGGGAACAACCCCAUCACGACACCGAGUACGCCUACGAGUCCGAGGAGGUCGCCUAUAUCGCAACCGUCCACCAUGAGGGUUACAACACCCCCAAGAACACAGCCCUCAAGGGGAAGAGAGCAGUCCGGCGAGAAUCACCGGCCGAUGCUGCUUUCCCCUACACCAAGCCAAGGAGGCGACGAUCCUACCGAGGUCCUGAGGGUCAGCGUUGACGUAGCUGGACUGAUGAGAUGCGAGGAGCUCCGGGAAGCUUUGCGCGUUAACGGCCUUCAGACUUCAGGGCUGAAGGGAGACCUUGCAGCACGACUUGGAGGAGCAAUGGCAUCUACGUAUGGCCAGGCAAAUCUUCCUACGGUCAGGCAAUACAAAUACCUGUUGUGGCUUUGGCGCCAUCGAAACCUACAAGGUCGGACUUUGCUUUCGUGGAGCAACAUAGCGGAUCGCCAGGCAGCAUCCAGAACCAUCAACAACUGGGAUCGACUAUGA